AUGUCCCAGGCCGUGAGUCUGCUCGCGGGGCUGGGGCGGGAGCGCGCAGCCCCACGCAGCGAGCCCAGCCGCGGACGGGAGGUGAGUCGCUGCUGGGCACUUCUCCCACAGCAAACGAGCCCGCCGGGACAGAGGGCCGGGCGGCGGGAGCGGGGCACUUCAAAGGCCUGUCCGGCUCAGCCCGCCCUGGAGCCCAGCGCCCCUUGGCUCGGGGAGCCGCUGCUGCCCCCCGCUGCGCAUCGAGCGCCCGGACGGGACAGGACGGGAGAGGCGGGGCGGGAGCCGGCAGAGCAAAGGCCGGAAUCUCCUGGCAAGGAAACAGUAAAGCCCCCCCUCCGCCUGGAUCCCAAGGGGCGGAGGGGAGGGGAGAGCAGGGCGGGGGCUGGCCGGCUGCUGCCCCACGCGGCGCCCGGGCUGGCGGCGCCCCCGGCGGGCUCCCCGUGCCCCUCUGUCAUGCGUCUGCUCUGGGACGAGAAGGCGAGUCCGUGCGCCAAGAAAAGCCGAGCGCCCCCGAGCCCCGCCGCAGAGCCCGGGCACCAGCCGCCGGCCCCCGCUAACUACGCCCAGGCGCUGCCCUCGCCGCUCAUUGGAGCGGGACUGAGCGGAGCGACCAGACUCUGCGCUGCCCUGGGAACAGCAGGAGCAGGCCCGGGCCAGAGACCCCAGCUCCGGCCAGCACUGGGGAGACAGAGCCCGCGAAGCGCUGCCCGCCCCCAGGGACUAGUUCCUCCGGGACCCGGAGCCCCCGCCAGUCUGCAGCCGAGCGGAGCAGGAGGCAGAGCCCGUCCGAGCGCCCAACUCCUCUGCUCCUUCCCCCGCAGGUGGCUCCGGGUCGCGAUGGGCAGAGGAACCGUGCAAGUGCUGCUGCUCUUGGGACUGCUGCACUGGGGCCCCGGUGGCGAGGGCAGGAAGAACUGGAGGCGGCGAGGGCAGCAGCCGGCGGCUGCGGCGGCAGCCCGGGAGCGGAGCGAAGCGACCGGGCAGCCAGUGGAGAGCUUCCCGCUGGACUUCACCGCCGUGGAAGGCAACAUGGACAGUUUCAUGGCUCAGAUCAAGAGCCUGGCGCAGUCACUGUAUCCCUGCUCGGCCCAGAACCUGCACCACGAGCUGCGCCUCCAUCUCCUGCUCAACAGCUCGGUCACCUGCAACGACGGCAGCCCGGCCGGCUACUACCUCAAAGAAUCAAAAGGCAGUAGAAGGUGGCUGCUGUUCCUGGAAGGGGGAUGGUAUUGCUUUAAUAGAGAAAAUUGUGAUACCCGCUAUGAUACAAUGAGGAGGCUGAUGAGCUCCAAGGAGUGGCCCAUUACCAAAACUGGAACUGGGAUCCUGUCAUCACAGCCAGAAGAAAAUCCGCACUGGUGGAACGCAAACAUGGUUUUCAUCCCCUAUUGCUCAAGUGAUGUUUGGAGUGGUGCCUCUUCCAAAUCUGAAAAAAAUGAAUAUGCCUUCAUGGGAGCCCUCAUAAUACAAGAGGUAGUAAAGGAGCUGGUGGGAAAAGGCCUUAGUAAUGCAAAAGUACUACUCCUGGCAGGAAGCAGUGCUGGGGGAACUGGGGUGCUUCUGAAUGUGGAUCGAGUAGCAGAGCAGCUGGAGGAGAUGGGUUAUCAAGGGAUUCAGGUCCGAGGGCUGGCAGACUCUGGCUGGUUCCUGGAUAAUAAACAGUACCGCAGAACCGACUGUAUUGAUACCAUAACCUGUGCCCCAACAGAAGCUAUUAGGAGAGGAAUCAGAUAUUGGAAUGGCAUUGUUCCUGAACGCUGCAAACUGCAGUUUAAAGAGGGGGAGGAAUGGAAUUGCUUUUUUGGCUAUAAAAUUUAUCCCACUCUUCGAUGUCCAGUCUUUGUGGUGCAGUGGCUCUUUGAUGAGGCCCAGCUCACUGUAGAUAAUGUACACCUAACUGGACAGCCUGUCCAGGAGGGGCAGUGGCUCUACAUCCAGAAUCUGGGCCGGGAGCUAAGAAAUACCCUGAAGGAUGUGACUGCUAGCUUUGCUCCAGCCUGUUUGUCUCAUGAGAUCAUUACGCGCAAUCACUGGACAGACAUCCAGGUGAAAGGAACUUCGUUACCCCGUGCCCUGCAUUGCUGGGACCGCAGCCUGCAUGACAGCAACAAAAAUGGGAAAGCCCCUUUGAAGGGUUGCCCAAUCCAUCUGAUUGACAGCUGUCCCUGGCCCCACUGUAACCCCUCAUGCCCUACCAUCCGGGACCAGUUCACGGGGCAGGAGAUGAAUGUGAUCCAGUUCCUCAUGCACAUGGGUUUUGAUGUUCAGAAGAUGGCACAGCAACAGGGCCUGGAGCCCAGUAAACUUCUGGGGAUGCUGAGCAGUGGUAGCUAG